AUGAAAUAUUACAAAUUGAUCAUUAAUGAUCCCAAAUCCAUCAAAGAAGUGAAGAAUGACUUAGAUAGGAGGAAUAAGUUGAACAAAGCCAGAAAAAUCGAGAAAAUUGAGGGGAAAUCAAUUAUAUAUACUUUAUUUGAAGAAAGUGAACCUGUUCCUUAUAACCUUCCAUACGAUAUUUACGAGUAUACCGUUAUAAAUGAUAAUUUGGAGAGUACCAUACGACACUUCUAUCAAAAGAUUGAUGUCGGAUUUAAGGAAGAUCUCGUACAAUAUAUCCCUAAGAAAUGGAUAAUAUAUGAACCUAUGAUCUUGUUCAAUAGUGAGACUCUAGAUGCAUCGAUUUGGGAUGAGGAAUUCAAAAAAUACGAUAAAACACUUUUGUUCGAGGCGAUAGCUAAGUAUUUCAAAGUUUCACAUAUUGCCAUUAAUAAACCAAUUGUUGACGAUAAUGUAAUGAGGAUACCCACUAACAUCAACCCUAUCUAUGGAGAUUUUGGACCACCAGUGGACCUAACCCUUUUGACUAAACCCACCAAAGAAGACUUCGACAGAGCUUUCUGGUGUAGUACAGUACAAAAUGGAAUUCACCAAACAUGGGCACCAAGAUUCACCAUGUUUUCACGAGGAAAUAUCAAAGAAAAGAAAAGACUCUUGGAUACUUUCAAAAAUUUAAACAAAACUUGGGUAUUUGAUUUAUAUGCGGGUAUUGGUUAUUUUACCUUGAGUUAUUUGAAAAAUGGAGGGAAAGUUGUAUGUUUUGAACUCAAUCCAUGGUCGAUUGAGGCUCUUAAACGCAAUUGUAUCGCCAAUGGAUUCAAAUUCAAAAUAGGUGAAGAUAUAAUUGAUGACGAUACACAAGUAUUCAUAUUUAACGAAACUAACGAACUUGCAUUACACAGAUUCCAGAGAAGCGCACCCAUUAGUCACAUAAAUCUUGGAUUACUUCCAUCAUCUGUACAAUCAUGGGAGACGACCAAUAAGAUAUUGCAAUUGUCAACCAUUCCUACAUAUAUACAUGUUCAUGAAAAUGUUCAUAUAGAUGAAUUUAACAAAUUCGAAGGGGUCUUACUUGACUAUUUCCCUUGCGAAUUCAAAGAUUUGGUCAAAGUUAAAACAUUCGCUCCUGAUGUUUGGCACAUAGUCGUAGAUUUAAUUAGUUUACAUUAG